UUGAUUUUUUUUUUUAAUUUCUGAAAAUACUUUAUUUUCAAGAGUUUUAAAAGAAAAUGAUGAGGAAAGUAUUGGUUCUAAGACAUGCAAUUUUUAAACAAGCAUAAGCAUAUACUAUACUGAUCCUGCAGGCCAACAAGCUACCUCAAUUCAUUAGGUAUUAGUUCUGUAUUUUGUAUUUGUUGCUUCUGAUUUGUUGUUAAUACUUGUGAUGACCAACUUAUAUAAUAUUAUCAUUUUGGAAAUGCCGAGAAGUCUAUUUAACAUUGACACUUUAGAUUGAAGACGUAGUCGAUGUUCAACAUGUGUUGGUAUAUGACUUGGACACAACCAUUUUUAUUUUCUUAAAUUAUUAUCGGUGCCUACUUGUUAAUAUCAAUGUCGUGACCAAUGUUCGUGUCUGUGUCCGUAUUUAAUAGCAAAGAAAUGGUCUCAAAGGAAACAAUAUGCAUAGUAAUAUCCGUCCAAUUCCCAACUAGUUGUUUUAUUUCCCUUGUUUAUUGUUAUUUCAAGCUUCUCAACAUUUUCUAUAAAUUGAGAACCCAAACCAAAUAGCUGAACCAUUCACUUCUGCAUCAAACAUCAAUUUUAUUUGGUUGUUGGAAGUCUUGUCUCUUGUGUCUCAACAAUGGCAGAUGAAGUAAUCCUGUUAAAUUUCUGGCCAAGUCCUUAUGGCAUGAGGGUCCUAAUUGCACUAGAGGAAAAGGGUAUCAAGUAUGUGAACAAGGAAGAGGAUUUCAGUAACAAGAGUCCUUUACUCCUACAAAUGAAUCCAAUUCACAAGAAAAUUCCAGUUCUAAUCCAUAAUGGCAAAUCCAUUUGUGAGUCACUAAAUAUUGUUGAAUAUAUUGAUGAGGUUUGGAAUGAUCAUUCUCCUUUUUUGCCUUCUGAUCCUUACCAAAGAUCCCAAGCUAAAUUCUGGACUAACUAUGUUGACACUAAGAUAUAUGAUAUUGGGAUGAAGUAUACAAAAAGUAAAGGAGAUGAGAAAGAAGCUGCAAAGAAAGAAUUGCUUGAGGGUAUUAAAGUGAUGGAAGAACAGUUGGGAAAAAAACCUUAUUUUGGUGGAGACAACUUUGGCCUUGUGGAUGUGGCACUUGUUCCAUUGUUUUGCAUGUUUUAUACUUAUACUUUUGCUGGAAAGUUCAUUGAUGAUGAAAAAUAUCCCACUAUCACUUCUUGGGCCAGAAGGUGUAUUCAAAAAGAGAGUGUGUCUAAGGCUAUUCCUCAAGAGGAAAAGCUGAAGCGAUUUCUAGAUGAGAAUAGACUUUUACAUCGCGGAGAUUAGAAGAAAGGACUAGGUGGGAAGGAAAUAUUUAUUUUCUCUACCGGGAAUGAUAUCCAGACACCGAUCUUUUCCUACAGAUUCGACAUUUGGUUAAUCACAUUUAAAAAUAUGGUUAGUUUAGUGAGUAGAUGGUUAGUUAAAUUCACAAUGAAUAUUGUGGUUAACUCAACUACAUCACUAACGACGAUUUCACAAUUUUCAAGGUCAUCUAAAUGAAUCAUAUACUAAACUGAUUUAACCAUAAUUUUACAUGUGAUUGACUAGGUGUCGUAGCUAUAGGGAAAAUAAGAUUUCCUUGAAACAUUUUCGUUUCUCUAUUCACUUGUUUAUUGUAAACUGUAGUUGUAUGGUUGUCUUCAAAAUAAGAUUUCGAAUUGUGACUGCAGUCGUAACUGUAACUAUGACUGCAGUAAUAGUUAUGAAUAGUAAUUUAAAGUAAUGUUUCAUAAUAAUAGCAUAACAAACUGGCAUUUAGGUUUGCCAUUGGUUUUGCUAUUUAUGUUCUUCUGAAAGAAUGUUUUAUAUUUGAAGCAUAGU